AUGGAGUCAGUUGGAUAUGUGGUUUAUAUGGAUGCAUCACAGAAGGGCUUGGGAUGUGUACUUAUGCAACAUGGGCGAGUGGUGGCCUAUGCCUCAAGACAGCUAAAAAAUCAUGAGAAGAAUUAUCCUACUCAUGACUUGGAGCUAGCAACAGUUGUCUAUGCAUUGAAGAUAUGGAGACAUUAUCUUUAUGAUGAUAAGACAGACCAAGAAGAAAUUAUGGGCCAACUAUCUCAACAGUUCUCCAUCGUGCAGAUUGAUGAGGUGAUGACAGGAGGUCCUCAUAUUAUAGCAGCCUUUGUGGUUGAACCUAUGAGUGAUGACAGAAUCAGAAUGGCACAAGAAGAUGAUAUUGAGUUGCAAGACCUCAGGGAUAGAGCUAGACAAGAAGAAGCUGUUGGGUUCUAUAUUACUGAAGGUGGGACUUUGAAGACAAGCAAUGGAAGAAGAAUUGUUCCUUGUGAUGCUGAGUUAAGGAAAAGUAUCCUUGAUGAAGCUCACCAAACACAGUAUACAGUGCACCCAGGCAACAACAAGAUGUAUCAAGAUAUGAAAAAGAAGUUUUGGUGA